AUGAACACCAACUCUGAUUCUCUGAACUGUAGUUGAGACAACAAAAUUAAAGAAUAUACAAAAGGUGAAAUAAAAGAGUAACUAAUUGGUAAUUGCAGGAGAGUGGAAUUACCCGAGAGAAGAGCACGAAGAAGGGCAUGUAAUGUAAUGGGUGUUUCGCCACGUCAGCUUAACCUUUCCCUUUCGACCAUAAAAAGAGGAAACAUUUGAAUCAAAUUCUCUUAUUUACAACCCCAAAACCCCACUCGUCCCUGCUCACAACUUCGUGUUAGUAAUACAAAUCGAAGUGUUUAUCCUCAAUUGCUAAGCUUUGUUCGUUUGCUGCAGAAGAUUUGGUCACACAUCUUUCUGAUUGCACACAAGGUCACGAUGACAAACAUGCCUGCUGGGGAGGAAAGAAAACUCUCAAAUCAAGAUAUACAAUUGGUGCAAAAUCGUAUUGAACAGUGUCUCCAGCAUUACAUGAGCAAAAAGGAAGUAAUAAACUCACUUCUUGUUCAGGACAACAUUCAACCAGGUUUUACUGAGCUAGUUUGGCAGAGGCUUGAAGAAGAAAAUCAAGAGUUUUUCAAGGCUUAUUAUCUCAAGUUGUUGGUAAAGGACCAAAUAAUGGAAUUCAACCGGUUGCUUUCGGAGCAGGUUGAGCUUAUGCAUCGAAUUGGAUUAAGCGGGAUUGGUCCUGUGCUCCCAUCUAAUGGAUCUCAUGUUUCACCUUCACAGCGUGUCCCGUCAAGCAGUAACCCAAGGCCAGUGAAACUAAAUGAAAUGCAGCCAGUGAAAGUGUUGAACGAUGUGGGGCCCAUGCUUGGAUCAUGCAUGGCGGGACCCAUUCCCAUUGGGCCACCUUCUCAAAGCAUGUUCUUGCCGCAAAACGCAAACCUGGGACUGGCUCAGUUGAACGGGAAGAUUGUGAAGACGGAGGGUGGUGGUGGUGGUUAUGGUGGGGUUUCACAGCCUUUUGAUUUUGGUCCGAACAGGAAUUAUGUGGAGAUGCGUCCUAACAUGAUGGCCGAUCCAUCUGUCUCGUCUUUCAGCAGCGUCGAUUCAAAUGCUCACCACAUAAACGAGACUACGCUAUUGGACGGCGGGGAUGCUUCGUCUUUCGGAUUCUUGGCGCAAUUUCAGCAGAAUAUGAGUCUUCCUGAGUUUGGAUCUGAUUUUCCCGGUGGUUCUGAUUUACUGGAGAGUUAUUGUAGGCCUGGCUUCCUAGGAGCGGAUGCUAACAACUUUGUUGAUCCCCAUGUGAAUGUCGAGAGUUUGGACCCUGAAACUGGGAGUUUGAGAUUCCAAUGCUUUGGCAGCAACUGAUUGAUUGACCUAUCGGUGAAAGUUGGGAGUCAGAGUGCAGGUCUUGUAUAUUUGGCUUCAUACAAACAAAUUGCUUAGGCAUCUUAACUGGAACAACUUCUGUGGUUGGAAACAGUUCUAUAGAUUAUUGUUAUUAUGGUUUAGAUAGGUCUUUAACUGUGGUAAAUGGUAUUCUGGUAUGGUGUUGCCAAGGCUGUAUAAAUAGGGAACUGUUUGUG